UCGGUAAAAGAACGUUUGGCGUUUAGUCUUCGAUCAGAGUUCAGUCGAAUUUCAAAUUAACAGCACUCGCACAGCAGUCAACGCCGCCGCCGCCGCCAUCAUCAUCAUCACCAUGUACAAAAUCGUGUUCGUCGUAGCCGUGUUCGCCUUCGCGCUCCAGGGUGCUCUCUGCAGCCCCGUCAACGAAGUCGAGUCCGCACCUCUGGAGGUGAAAGCCGAUGCCCCCAAGAGUGUUGGUGCAGUGGAGAACAAGCCCGCUGAUGACCCACCCACGACUGUGCCCACCGCUGCACCGGAGACCGUCACUACCACUCAGGCCCCGAAGAGUGGCGCUUCCAGCACGGAAAUGUGCUUGCUGCUCGUCCAAGUCUCGUCGUUAGCGUUGGUCGCCAAGCACAUGCUGUUGUAAAUUUAGUUAUGUAGUUAGACGAAAAACGGUGUAACUAUGUGCAAUCAAAUAUACACACUGCGUAAUAAUAUGAUAUAAUAACUAUUGUUUUAUUAUUCGUACUUUUAUUUUCAUAUAUAUAUUUUACAAUAAUAUAAUAAUAUUAUGAUUGUUUAUUAAUUUUUUAUAGUUAAAUCAAUAAUCUAUAAGACAAUAAUAUAAUUAUAAUUUACAGUAGGUACGUCUUUUAUUACUUCACUAUUAGCGAAUAAAACAUAAUUUUUUUUUUUGAUGUA